CAAAAAUUCAAAAUGGCGACCAGUUUCAAGAAAAAGAGUACGCGAGGUCGUGCUAUUUAUCCCCCAGGAACAAGGCCUUCUCUUCAUAAUAAUCAACUUCUAGUAUCUUCUGGAGUUCCAUCUAUGGAUAGCGUUAUAGGGGGUGGAAUUGCCGUAGGCGCCGUUUUUAUGGUUGAGGAAGACACUUAUAGUUCAUAUGCCCGACAACUUUCAAAGUAUUUUCUGGCUGAAGGAGUGAUAUCUGGUCAUUCAAUAUUCCUGGCAUCUGCUGAACCAGAACCCAAUGAUAUUUUGAAGGAUCUUCCACAACAAGUUGAUAAUAAAACUUAUAGUGUAGAUGAACCAGGAGAUAGUUCUUCACCAAUUCAGUCUAUGAAGAUUGCUUGGAGAUAUCAGAAUCAACCCAAGCUUGAGUCAUCGCCAUCAUCUGGUUCAUUUGGUCACUACUUUGAUUUGACCAGAGUUAUGGAUGAAACUAAGCUAAGCUCUAUUCCUAUUCAAACCUUCAGUGUGACCAGUGAAAUGGCAAAGUGUCUCAGUUGCACAGAGGAAAGGAAAUCAAGUGAGAAUAAUGUUUACAGAGCGCUUAUCUCAAGAAUAAAUUCUGCAAUCAAGGAAGGAGGAUUUACAACUGCUGAGAAAGGGCUUGAGAACAGAACAAUUCUCAGAAUAGUUCUUCAUGGUCUUGGCUCGCCACUGUGGGGAGAAGAGCAACACUUCGGCAAUGAAAUAAGCCCCACCCUGACCAGAUUUUUGUUCCAGUUACGUGCCACACUCCGCUCUGCUUUGGCAGUCUGCUUUGUUACUGUUCCUACCCAACUGUUUCAGGACCCAGCCCUCACUCGGCGAGUAGAGAGACUUUGUGACACGGUGGUCAAACUGGAGUCAUUUGCUGGGUCUGAUAAUGAAACGAACCCAGUUUACAAAGAUUACCAUGGUCUCUUUCAUAUUGUUCGCCUGCCUCGCUUAAACUCCCUCGUUUGUCACGUGCCUGAUUCCUUCGACCUCGCUUUUAAAUUGAGGCGAAAGAAGAUGACUAUCGAGAAACUUCACCUUCCUCCAGAACUUUCAGAAACAGCGAAUAGGACACAGGAAGAUUCACAUCGAGGGAAGCCUGGGUCCCUCUCGUGCCAGUCCAUGGUCACUAACAGCUGUCUGGACUUUUGACUCUCAUGCAUUAGCUGGGGCCAUGUGCCUCUGUUGGCGGAGAAUGAUACAAGGUAACAGUCAAUGCUUGUUUUGGAGUAUGUAUGCCGUGGAUUGCUCACGUUUAAAGUUAAUCCAGCGAGUGUCAUCUCUGUUGUACAAUACAUGUACUGUACUUUGAAGAAAAACGGAAAUAGUCAAUGACUUUCAGGUUGCCACUUAAAAAUUUCCGACUCUUAAAGCUAAGUUUUACGAUCAAGAUACUGAAAAAGAACAAGAAAUGGCCCAAAUAUUCAACGUCUUGAUUACGAGAUGACUUGGUGAGACAUUCGACUCCUGCACUAUUUAUUGAAGUAUAAAAAAGAAGGGAUUUAUGGCGCGCAGGAAAUAUUUGGGAGUCUUUGUGAUGUUGCUCUUUGCCUCCUCUUCAAGGCUUCAAAAAAGGCUCUCGUCGAGCUGUGUGACUGUGAAUAGCGUCAUACAACCUGAGUUGUGUGUUUUUAACUUCAAUGUAUAGUGAGGAGUUGACCAUCGGGAGUCAAGAGUGGAUUAAUGAAAGUGAUUGGUCAGUUUUUCUGUGUUGGUUGGUAUUGGCUGUGAGAGUCAAAUAGAGGUCAUGGUCAGUAAAAUCUACGACCGGUGACUGAUACCUGUGCGUCGAAACAUUCUUUGAUCUUUUGUUUGUGAUGGAUCGUGAACGACUCGCAUGGAAUGCGAUGAAGGAACUGCACCGCUAACUGAAUGCACUUAGAACUCUAUGAUAAUUCGUUAAGAACUCGACUCACUUUCGGAUGAAGUCGAAACAUUGAUACCUUUUUUGCCAUGUUUUAGCCUGAGUCGCGAAAGAUUCUCAUUGAAAGCAAUGAUUGACUUAGGCUGGAAACUGAAGUCUCUGAUGGUGGGUUAAAAAUUCGCGUCGAACACGUCUUGACGUCUUGAAUGCGCUCUACAUAUCGCACUAUACCUGAUUUAAAAGAUCAUGAAAAUUCCCUCCUUGCGAUCUCGGCCAGAAGAUAAAGACACUUCAAGUUUUCGAAACUUCGUCCAUAUAUAACUUGUUAUUGAAUGCAAAACACAAGUGGUGAGCUCUUUGUUGUAUCGAGAAUUCACCCAAAUCCGUCGACCUAGCCUGGUGUGGUCUACAACGACGUUGAAGUCAGCAAACAUGACGUCACCAUAAGCCAACUUUCUGAGCCAGCGGCGUGUGUGUUUCGAGUCAGCGUCAAAGAUAGGACUUGGUGCCUCACCUUUUCCACAGCACGGAAUGUUUUAGGAUUUUACUAUCUUUGAUUCAGUGGAUAACGCCUGAACAUGAUGGUGACUGUUGAGAGGAACUGAGUGGCACAAAUGUAUGUCUUGGUGAAAUUUCAUAAUUUUACAUAAACACAAUUUUACGACUCGUACGCAGAAGAAUCAUGCGUUCCUUAAGUUAUCUUCAAAGUUAAACUUUAUUUUAGCGAGAUGUUGGACACCGCAUCUCACUUGCCAAGGAAUACUGAAAUUGAAAGCUGCUGCCAUUAUCUCACUGAGACUCAUUUCACUCGCUAUUAUGUUCCUCUGUAAAGACUAUUAAAUGUUGAGAAUCGAUUUUGAAAAUCCUAGAAGAAUCCUAAUCUCUGUGACAGUUCAUAUAUUAGAAAAUGUUUAUGGCGACAAAUUUAUUAAGGAUGGUUUACUUGUAUUAGGUCGUUCAAAAGACCCGAUUGAUUCUGAUUGAAGUAAUCAGUUUAACUUAUGGAGAAAUUAUAUUUGAUUUUCGGACGAAAUAUAAAAGUAAUAAAAAAAAGUGAAAGCUGU